GAGAUUGUAAGAUUAGAGGGGCGGGUGCGAAAAAAAAAGAAGAAAAAUAUAAAAAUAGAAGUUGAGGGUGGGAAAGAUUUCUGCUGUGACAAAGCGCGGCAAAUCGAUGGGAAAGUGCCGAUUGUCGCCGUUGCUACCGCUGCUGGUGUUGAACGUGGGAAGGUGUUAUUCAAAGUGAGGCUGCCCUUAAAGGCUUUGCUGUUUGCUGGAGGGAAGAAAAGAACGCUCUUCCCUCAAUACUGACCUCUUCAACUGCCAUCAACUAAACGGUUGAACUCAUAUUAGAACCCAGCCCGAACCAGCAGUAAUUAAAACUGGCAGCCCGAAGGACCCCCAACCCAGCAGUGGUCUCGUGCAACGAGUAGCAGACACUGCGGAGUUCACAGGACGGGACGACGUUCCAGGAGUGAAGGCCGGAGGGCCAAUGCAGUAAAAAUAAAAAUUUUGGCUCGAAACAAAACGGUUGGAACGUCGCAGGAUUAAACGAUUUUCGAAAGGGGUUUGAAGAAAAAAAAAGUGUCUGUGAAUGUGUGUGUGAAAAAGUGAGACAAAAACGGCGAAAUAGUGGUGCAGUGCAACAGAAACUACAGAAACUCGAUGCAGAGCAUAAAUGAAAAUUAAGUGUAGUUCUGUGACGAGCAGACAGUGCCGACUUCGUCCUGCAGCACAGCUUGCAAACUGAAGGCAAAGUUCUAAAACGCCCUGCCCGAGUACGAAAAAUCGCGCCGUGUAGAGUUUCGAGCUCACCAAUACAGGCGAGCGCGCGCGCUCGUGCCGUGGAGACUUUCGUUCGUGCUCUCCACACGCUGUCCUGCGAGCUUCGGCUCGGUUCGGGUCGCACGCACACAGUCGAAAGCGGAGUUCGGGUGCAGCUCAAACAGCGAAGCCGAUAUAUACGAGUGGGCUCGCGCGGCACCCUAGUUUAGUACAACUUUAGACGUUCGCGAAGGCAGACGUGUACGCGCAAGAAACUUGAACGCGCGCGAUCGUUUUCGAACAAGUAGCCAAGAAAGAGAGGAUAAUAAUUACGCGUUCAGAACGAACUCAUAAAUCGUGAAAUCGGAAACCGACCCAAAAGGACUGCAAGAAUUAAGUGCUGGGUUUGUGGAAAGGAAAAACGAGCCAAGAGUGAAGUUACUACGAGAUUGGCGAAGAUGAGAUAUUACAUGACAUAACAGCGAGCUGUUGGAUGUUUCGCGCCAGUGUUCUUUAAUUUGUUGUGAAAAGAAGAAGUGUGUGUGUGUGAGUGUUCCUCGACAAGCGCCUGAAAAAUGGAAUGAAUUUAUCUUAAAUGAUUGAAGCAGCCGAUAGAAGCGAAGAACAAGUGGUUCAAUUUCAAGCGCGUCGUACGGGACGAAGACCACGGUGGAAGUCACCGCGUGAAGAUAGAGUUUAUGAAAGCUGAAAAAUGAGUCUAAUUACGCGAAAGACCGAGCUGGUGGCGCUGCCGGCGUUGCUGCUGGUGCUGCUGCUCUCGGUUCAGGUCAACUACAGCCUGCAGUACGACUCGGCCGAGGCACGGUACUUCCCGUCCAACCCGGCCGUGCUGGACACCGCAAAUCUGCGGUACGAUGCCCCGGACGACUGCAAGUACCGGGUCACGCCGGACGACGAGGUCGAUCUGGUGUGCAAUCUACGCACCGUCAACAGUGAAUUCGACAACACGAACUUUAGUGUGAUUCCCUCGGAACACACCGCCUCGCUGACCAUCAUGUGCAACGAGGCCAUCAUGGCCCGCAGCAAGCUGCAGCCCAAAUCGUUUGCCCAUCUGAUGCGCCUCAAGGCACUCUCACUCGAGUACUGCAAGAUUGGCAAGUUUGGCAACGAUGUCCUGUCCGGGCUCAGCGAUCUGCGGAACUUUACCCUCCGCACGCACAACAUCAACUGGCCCGAGCUGAACCUGGAAAUCGAUCCGGAAGUGUUUGUGCACAGCAAAAACCUCGAGCAGCUCGACCUCAGCAUGAACAACAUCUGGUCCCUGCCAGACCACCUGUUCUGCACGCUGAACAACCUCCGGUCGCUGAACAUCAGCUCGAACCGCCUGCAGGACGUCAACGACUUGGGCUUCCGAGAGAAACCAAUCGUCAAGGACGAGGCCACAACCCACAACGGAACCGCCCACAUCUGCAACCUCGACCUGGAGGACCUGGACGUGUCCAAGAACCACUUCGUCCUCCUACCAGCCAGUGGAUUCGGCAUGCUGAAACGCCUCAAGCUGCUCAAAAUCCACGACAACGAGAUCUCCAUGGUCGGCGACAAGGCCCUCAACGGCCUCAAAGAGCUCCAAAUCCUGGACCUCAGCUCCAACAAGAUCGUCGCCCUCCCGACCGACCUCUUCAAGGACCCCGCCCAAUCAAUCCAGGAGAUCUACCUCCAAAACAACUCCAUCAGCGUCCUCUCCCCGGGACUCUUCUCCAAGCUCGAGCAACUCCAGGCCCUGGACCUGUCCCAGAACCAGCUGACCUCCGCCUGGGUCAACCGCGAGACCUUCUCCGGCCUCAUCCGCCUCGUCCUCCUCAACCUGGAAAAGAACAAAAUCACCAAACUCGAGUCGGAAAUCUUCUCCGACCUGUACACCCUCCAAAUCCUCAACCUGCGCCACAACCAGCUGGAAAUCAUCGCCGCCGACACGUUCUCCCCGAUGAACAACCUCCACACCCUGCUCCUCUCCCACAACAAAAUCAAGUACCUCGACGCGUACUCGCUGAACGGCCUGUACGCCCUGUCGCUCCUCUCGCUGGACAACAACGACCUCAAGGGUGUCCACCCGGAGGCGUUCCGCAACUGCAGCUCGCUGCAGGACCUCAACCUGAACGGCAACGAGCUGACGCAGGUCCCCCUCGCACUGAAAGAUAUGCGACUGCUGCGAACGGUGGAUCUCGGCGAGAAUUCAAUCACCGUGAUUGAGGAGCCCGGCUUCCGCGGGAUGAACAACCUGUACGGACUGCGGUUGAUUAGCAACAACAUCGAGAACAUUACGCGAAAGGCGUUCAAGGAUCUACCGAGCUUGCAAAUUUUGAACUUGGCGAGAAACAAGAUUCAGUUCAUCGAGAAGGGCGCGUUUGAGCCGGCGUUCAGCGUGCAGGCCAUCCGGUUGGACGGCAAUUUGCUGACCGACAUUGAGGGGCUGUUUGGGGCGAUGCCGAACUUGGUGUGGCUGAACAUGUCGGACAACCGGCUGAGUGAGUUUGAUUACUCGCAGAUUCCGGUGCACCUGCAGUGGUUGGAUUUGCACAAGAACGAACUGACGACGCUCGGGAAUCGCUUGGGGUUGGACAAUCAGCUGUACCUGCAGACGCUGGACGCAAGCUUCAACCGGUUGACGAAGGUGACGCCCACGAGCAUCCCGAACAGCAUCGAGUUUCUGUUUCUGAACGAUAACCAGAUUUCGCACGUGGAGCCGCACUGCUUCAUCCACAAGACGAACCUGACGCGGGUCGAUCUGUACGCGAAUCAGCUGAUCGGGCUGGACAUUAAGGCGCUGCGGUUGCAGCCGGUUCCGGAGGACAAGCAGCUGCCGGAGUUUUACAUUGGGGGGAAUCCGUUCGUGUGUGAUUGCACCAUCGAUUGGCUGCAGAAGAUUAACCACGUGACUUCGAGGCAGUAUCCGACGAUUAACGACAUCGAGACGGUGUACUGCAAGUUGAUGUACGAUCGGGAGCGGGCGUUCAUCUCGCUGAUUGAGGCCGAACCGAAGCACUUUUUGUGCAGCUAUACGACGCACUGUUUCGCGCUGUGCCAUUGUUGUGAGUUUGACGCGUGUGAUUGUGAGAUGACGUGUCCGAACAAGUGCUCGUGCUAUCAUGACAAUAGUUGGUCGACGAACAUUGUGGAGUGCUCGGCCGCGGACUAUACGGACAUUCCGAACAAUAUCCCGAUGGAUACGACCGAGGUGUACAUUGACGGGAAUAAUCUGGUGGAACUGUCGGGGCACAGUUUUAUCGGCAGGAAGAAUUUGAAGGCGUUGUACGCGAACCACUCGAACAUUGAGAUAAUUUACAACACGACGUUUAUUGGACUGAGAAGGUUGACGGUGUUGCAUCUGGAGCACAACAACAUUCAGAAACUGUACGGGAAUGAGUUUAGUGCGUUGGAAAGUUUGCGUGAGUUGUACCUGCAGGGUAACAAGAUCUCGUACAUUGAAGACCACACGUUUUCGGAACUGAGGAAGUUGGAAGUGUUGCGUUUGGACGGGAAUCGUAUUAGUAGCUUUGAAGUGUGGCAGCUGGCGUCGAACCCUUAUCUGGUGGAGAUUACUCUGGCGAACAAUAUGUGGACCUGUGAUUGUAUGUUUUUGAACAAGUUGCGGGUGUAUCUGCAGUCAAACCAGGAGAAGAUAGUGGACGCUAGUGAGAUUGGUUGCAUCUACAACAACUCGACCAGUAUUCUGAAGGAGAAGAACGGAACCAAGUGUACGUUCCGGGGUGAGGGAAUGAGUUCGAUCGUGCACACGCAAGAGAUUGAAGAUAUGUUGCCGCUGUUGUUGGUGGCGACCUGUGCGUUUGUUGGGUUCUUUGGGCUGAUCUUCGGCAUGUUCUGCUACCGGAAGGAGCUGAAGGUGUGGGCUCACAGCAGCUGUUUCGGUUCGUUGUGCUACAAGAGUGGUACGUUCGUGAACGAGUUUGACAAGGAUCGGCUGUACGACGCGUACAUCAUCAACUCGCUGCAGGACGAGCACUUUGUGAACCAGGUGCUGGCCUCGACGCUGGAGAACGACAUUGGGUUCCGGUUGUGUAUGCACUACCGUGACUUUAACAUCAACACGUACAUCGCUGAUACGAUUGUGGAGGCGGUGGAGAGUUCCAAGCGAGCGAUUCUGGUGCUGUCGAAGAACUUCUUGUACAACGAGUGGACGCGAUUUGAGUUCAAGGGUGCGAUCCAUGAGGUGCUAAAGCGACGCAGGAAGUUGGUCAUCAUCCUGUACGGAGAUCUUCCGCAGCGCGACCUGGACGCCGAUAUGCGGUUGUACCUGCGAACCAACACCUGCAUCGAGUGGGACGACAAGAAGUUCUGGCAGAAGCUGCGGAUCGCGUUGCCGCACGUCAAGAAGAGCAACUGCUUGAACAAGCGUUCGGCGAUCAACAUCUACGCAACGGCCAACGAGUACAACACUGCGGCGGGACGACCCCGGUUGGUGGGCCCCGGCAACGCCGGAACGCUUCCAGCCCCGGGCCACGCCCGGCACGAGAGCCACAGCUACGCCACCAUCGGCGGAAACUGUCCGAGAAACUGUGAUAACUAUGAUACGGUUAGUAAUUGUAAAUAUAACACGACCCAGCACGAGCGCCGGCUGAACGACUUCAGCCGGAAGGCGGCCGAUCGGCAGCACGAGUACGCGGUUCCUUCCAACUGUUUGCUGGACACGACGCACGAGACGUACAACACCAGCUGCGAGCGGAUCGCCGGCAACGAGACGUUCGAGUGCACCAGCAGCAGCAAGUACUCGACGUCCUCGCGGGGUUCGAGCGAGUGUUCGCACUCGAUCAACGGGUUCCAUCAGCAGCAGCAGCAGACGGCCCCGAACGUCCUGUCUACCAACUUUAUGGUCGGCGGCAAGGCCGGCGCCGUUGGUGGCGAUCCCGCGGGCUUCAACACCACUACCAGUGCUUCUAACAAUUUGAAUAGUAAUAGUAGUUACAACAAUAGCAGUAGAAAGCCGAACAACUGCCCCGUGGUGGUGGACGGCGUCGGCAAAGGUGAUAGGCCCUCCGUGGGCACCAUGGGCGGCGACAAGAACAAUUUCAAUGAUAGAAGACUGCCACAGGCCAUGUGGGCAUAACGAUUACUUAAGUACAGGUUAGUUAAUUAUUUUUAUCGUUGAAUCGCGCAUUAAGCCAAGCGCGCUCGCACUCACACACAAACGCUUCACCAACUGUCAGCUGUCACUUUCACACACAGAGAACAAUAGCAACGACUUUUCUCUCUCUCUCUUUGCGCAACGCUUAAGCUCUUUCUCUCACCACAGUACACGCUCUCAAAACUCACUCGAAACCGCAAAAAAAAAAAAAAACAAUAGGAGAGAAGCGUGAGUUGUCACUCAGCUCACGCAGUGCCUUUAGAACCAAAUUAAAAAACAAAGAAAUGUCACAUGUAAAAAAAAACACAGAGAAUGCUUCCACCACACACACACCACCCCCCAAGUUUAGAGAGCAGGAAAAGAAGAUUAACAGUUACGACCGCUUAGUUGGGACGGUGAAAUAUGACAUUCUAAAGUGCAGGGUCGCUCUCUCUCGCUCUCACAGGGGGAUCAAAAAGUAAAAAAUCUCACACAAAUACAGAAAAAUGCGUUCCCAUGGUGAGGGUGAUGGACUCUCGCAGAGGGAAGGCAAAGAAUUCUAGUCACACACAAAAGAAGGUCUACACAGUGGAGACGAAACGAAGCGAAGGAACUAAUUCUAAUCUCUUCAGAAUCAAUCUUCCAUUACGGACUCGAUGAUUGAAAGCAGUUUCUUUUUUGUUCCAAAUCACACUCGCACACUCACACACGUGAAUCAAGCUUUGAAAAGAAGAAUUGAAUUCAAGAAUGGAGAAAAGGUAAUCUGAUUUUUCACGCUUAAGCUCAGGCUCGAUUUUAAUCGCUGAAAAUAGAUAGAUUGAAAAAUCUCUGCGCAGGUUGGACCACCCUAUUCUUCCCUCCGCUAGAUCCAAGUUGGCUAAUAGAUUAAGAGCUGAGGCUUAAAUUUCCCAACCAAAACGCGAUUAAUGGGGGCCAAUUUGGCCUCUUCCUGCGUGGAUUUUACCCCACUUUGCCCACGUGUGCAACGCUUUUUCAGAACAUCGCAAUUCUUGGGAAGAAGUUCUUUUCUUUUCGAACAAAAUAAGCCUCAUCCUGUUGCUUGUAAAGUCUUUCGCGUUUUUUCUUCUUAUUUCAUCCGCUUCGUUUCGAACCACGAAACCGAGCUGAAUGAAACGAAAAAGCCUUGUGUUAAGUGAUUUGGUAUGGAAAUUUAAUUGAAAACAAAUGAGAGAAAAGAGAGGUGAAAUAUUUUAAUUUCGUUACACGUGCAGAACAGAACACACGCAAGCAAGAGAGAGAAUAACAAAUUUGAGCAAAACACUGAAAUAAAAAAAAACACGUUAAAACAUGAGCACCGAAAUAAAGAAGCAAAUUAAUGCAGCAAAGUAGAAAAAAAAUACCCUCUAAAACAAAAGUCGUAAAUUGGUGCAGCCACACCGGAACUGAAUUGAUUUACAUCACUCUUUUUUUCCCUCCGUGAACCGUGAAAUAAUCCAGCUACACUGAAACAAAUUGGUUGAUCGUUUCCAAAAAACCCUUUCUUUUUUUGACGUUCCGUUGAAUUAAUCAGCAAAACAAGUGCAGUUGGAGCGCAUUGGCUAAUUGAAACACACUCACACCUACAAACAAAAAAACACACGAAAAGUUCCUCCAUAUUGGUGGAAGGUUAGGUUUCCUAUUAAAAGAAGAAAAAAAAAACAAGAAAAACACAAAAAAAAUACACAAAAUACGCUAAGAGUUCGAAACGAAUCGAAAGAAAUGUACAAUUUUGUUGCGUUAGUUUUUAUUACCUCAUUAAAGACACGAAGAUAAGUGGCCAGCAAGUUGAUUGAAUAAACCUUAAAAGAGUCUUACGAAUCUGUAAAUAUAGCAAACUUUUUAAACAAUUCAGCAAAAAAAAAAAACACAAACCACACACUUCUAGUACACAGUAUCAAAUUAUGUAAAUAUAACGAAAGCAAGAAUUUACGACUUAACUGCUAGCGAAAAAAAAACAACUACAAAACAGUAAACUACCAAACACUCACUCACACACACCAGUAACACACAUUUGACUACUACUUACUACAAAGAAGGAUACCAACUAAGCAAAAACCCACACUCACACACAGAAGAUUACAAAAAAGUGAACAAAAUUACUCGCGCUCCAUUAAAAAUUGAGUUUAAGAAGUCUUAGAAGUGGUGAAACAAAACCCGAGAGUAUUUGUUAAAAUAGUCAGCAUUUAAAAAGUAAGCAAGCAAAACAAAACAAACCUGUAAAUACUCUGAAAAGAAGUUAUGGAAAACCUAGCAGUUGAGAGAAAA